GCACCAAAAAAAACACGGAAAAAACUUAUUUAACGGAAGUAUCCCAAAGACAUUGUUUAUGAGCUUAAUUACUGCCGUGUUUGAGCAAAAAAAAAAAAAUAUAAGUAAAAAGCACAAGUACAAAGCCUUAUUUUUAAACGAAGGCCUAAAAAAAGAAAUCGUUGCAAAAGAUACAUUCAUUCGCCACAAGAGACAAAGAAAUCGAAUCGGUCGGUGUACAUUUUCCCCAUAACAACGUCUUCGAAAUUGUGUGUAGUUGUGUAAAAUGUUGUAAUAAUAUCAUAAAAAAUAUGUAAUUGUGAAAUGUUUAAGGAAUAAAACAAAGAGUUCCUAAUAUUCAUAUUAUUGAUGAAAUUGAAAUUUGUAAAGUCCUAAAAAAAGCAGGGAAUUGCACAUAAAACAACCCCCCGCAUUUAGCACAUCGUAUUCCUUGUGGUGCAUACAACACCCUCCACCUCUCCAAUAACAAAAAGUUUUUGUGCAAUCGUAUAACCACCACCACCACCACUACAACGACUUCAAACGAAUUGGUUUUCCCCCCACCUAGCAGCAGUUGUAGCAGAGCUAAAAGGACGAAAUCCUGUUUUGUUACCUUACGCCACGGAUCAAAUCACCACUUUCAACUUCCAGUUUGAAACUAUAUAAAAAAAAAAACAACAACAAUAAUCAGCUGUAGUACGUUUAUUCCUACAGCGGCUGGUGGUGUUCUUUUGUGAUUGUUGUUGUUGUUGUUAUGUCGUAUAUUGCUGCCCAGACUGCUUUUACAUCCCUCGUUCGUUCGUUGCCGCGAGUUUAUUUGUAAUUCCUGUCGUCGUUGUUGGUUGGUUGUAAUCAUUGUCUGGCCUGAGCUCCCCUACGUAAUUCAUUCGUCUUCUCUUUGUACACUCUGUUCCUCCGCCUCCUCAUCGUAACACAUCGCAUCGUCACACUGCACAUUUUUUGAUGUUGUAUGGUGCACAACAACAACAACAACCAGAAUCAGUUGAACGUGUUUCUUCGUGUGUGUGGGUUGUGGUCUGUUUUUUCUCUAUCGACGGCGGCGGCUAGCUAAGCGAUUUGUGCAUUGUUGAUUUUUUUAAUGAUCUGCAAAUUUUUCCCUAAUUUUUAUUGGAAAAAAGAAAAUAAAAAAUCGUUAAACGAAGUAGACGGCUGCAGAGAUUCCGAAUAAGUAUUCAUUGCUUUUAUUUAUAAUAACGAAUCAUAAAAAUCAAUUGCAACUGCCUAUCUGCUGCAGAGAAAAGUAUUGAAACCACAUCCAAACAAACAAAAUAAAACAUGUCAGCCGACUCGGAUAUGGAAUAUUCUGAUAAUGAUUGCGAAUAUGAUGAUUACUAUAAUUCAGGUGAAGAUUGUGAUGUUGAACGCUUAGAUCCCAAGAAAACCGAUCCCGAAUAUUUCGAAUAUGAAUGCUUAACCGUCGAAGAGGUGGAGAAACUACUCAAUGAAUCGGUGGAAAAAUUAAAUACGAUUUUACAAAUAACGCCAUCCUUAGCUAAAGUGCUGCUGCUGGAGCAUCAAUGGAUGAAUCAGGUGGUAGUUGACAAAUAUCGCCAAAAUGCCAAUACAUUAUUGGUGGAGACACGCAUAAAACCUCCUUGCAAUAACACAGAUCCCUCGCUAGAAGUUGACAGUGCACCCUCAACAAGUGCGGCGGCGGCCGCGGCAGCUGUAACAUCGUCAACGACAUCAUCAACGACUGCCUCACCAUCUGCUAUGCCACCACCCAUUGUGGGCACCCUGAGCACUUAUAGCAAAUCACCUACGUCUACACCCACAAUUGGCAGCAGUAGCAGUUUAACACAACAAUAUCGUAGUCAAAUGUGUCCGGUAUGUGCAACAGUCCAGCUGGGCGAUAAAUUCUAUAGCCUAUCAUGUGGUCAUUCCUUUUGCAAAGACUGUUGGUCAAUGUAUUUUGAGACACAAAUUUUUCUGGGAAUUUCCACUCAAAUCGGUUGUAUGGCUCAAAUGUGUAACGUUCGUGUUCCUGAAGAUUUGGUGCUCACCCUGGUGACGCGUGCUGUAAUGCGUGAGAAAUAUCAACAAUUCGCUUUUCGAGACUAUGUCAAGUCACAUCCGGAAUUGCGUUUUUGUCCCGGCCCCAAUUGUCAAAUUAUAGUGCGCUCUCGUGAAAUUGCCCCCAAACGCACCGUCUGCACCGCGUGCGGCACCUCAUUCUGUUUCAAAUGCAAUAUGGACUAUCACGCUCCCACUGACUGUCAAGUGAUUAGAAAAUGGCUUACAAAGUGUGCCGACGAUAGUGAGACGGCCAACUACAUAAGCGCCAAUACCAAAGACUGUCCCAAAUGUCACAUAUGCAUAGAGAAAAAUGGAGGCUGUAAUCACAUGCAAUGUUUCAAUUGCAAAUAUGACUUCUGUUGGAUGUGCUUGGGCGAUUGGAAAACGCAUGGUUCCGAAUACUACGAAUGUUCGCGCUACAAAGACAAUCCCAAUAUAGCCAACGAAUCGGUGCAUGUGCAAGCACGAGAAGCCUUAAAGAAAUACCUCCAUUAUUAUGAGCGUUGGGAGAACCAUUCCAAGUCCAUGCAAUUGGAACAGCAAACACUGGAUCGCUUGCGUCAACGCAUCAAUGAGAAAGUGAUGAACGGUCGUGGUACCUGGAUCGAUUGGCAAUAUCUCUUCAAUGCAGCUGCUCUGCUGGCAAAAUGUCGAUAUACCUUACAAUACACCUAUCCAUAUGCCUACUUUAUGGAAAGUGGUUCACGUAAGGAUCUCUUUGAAUAUCAACAGGCCCAACUCGAGGCUGAAAUUGAAAAUCUCUCCUGGAAAAUUGAACGAGCCGAAACUACGGAUCUUGGCGAUUUAGAAAACCAAAUGGACAUAGCUGAAAAAAGGCGCACCACUUUGCUCAAAGACUUCUUCCCUGUCGAAGCAUAAACUUCCAAUAAACUCGCUCCGAAACAAAAAGCGCGAACAAAAAACAGAAAAAACAAAAACAAAAACUCGAGUAUUUAUAGUAGACACAUAGAAGAUUAUACAACAAGUAACACUUUAGUAUUUGCCAAUCAUCAGCUAUAUUUACAACUAAUUUAGUAGUUAAUGUAUAACAAAAACAAAAAAACAUAAUUUUUUUGUUUUGUUUUUAAACUCAGUUUUUAAUUUAAAUUGCAAUAUAAGAUUAAAAUCUUAACAGAAUAGGAAGAAGACGAAGAAGAAGAAGAAGAAUUAGACAGACAACUUAGCCUAGGUGAUAACAUAUUAUUAAUAACAAAACAAAAAAACUACAACAAAGUGAUCUGAAGUUAGAAUUUAUUAAGAAACAAAAAACAAGAAAUGUGCAUUUCUAAUCUCCAUAAACCAUGACUUCAUGCUGUAACAACCCCAUGCCCCCAUAGACAUGUCAUACAACUGCGAAAAGACGUUUCAAAAAAAAAAAAAAAAAAACAACACAAACAAACCAGCAUUUCAUCUCAUACAAUUUUUAUAAACAUUUAUAGCAAUUUAUUAGGUUUAUUAAACAAUUACAAAAAUGAUGUCUAGUUAAGUUUUGCAUAAAACCAAGCAAAAACAAAAAAGCAGAAAUGCCCCCC